AUGGCACCACCUAUAAAACGUCGAAAAUUGACAGUCGCUCCUGUGGAGGAAAUUCUUUUUGACAAUGAGUCUCGGCAUGACUAUCUGACUGGCUUUCACAAACGAAAAGUUCAGCGCGCGAAACAUGCACAGGAGGCUGCUGAGAAAAAGGCAAAAGAUGAACGGAGGGAGCACCGUCGAAAGAUACGAGAAGAAAGACAAGCAGAGCUGCAGAUAGUGUUGGAUGAAAGCCGCAAACGAAUGGAAGAGUUACAGAACUCAUCUAACCCAGACGACAUGGGCAAUUCAAACGCCGAAGAUGAAGAAUGGGAGGGAUUUCCAGAGCCGCCGGUGAUUGAUUAUGAAGCGGAAUAUAUCGACGAGAACAAAUACACUACUGUUACUGUGGAAGACAUGGACCCCUCGAAGGAGGGUUUAUACAAAGCUGCGGGGAAUAAUGACAGCGAUGAAGAAAAUGGACACCCAAGGCCAACGAGCGCUGAGACUAAAUCAAUAAAGAAGGGGAAGUCGACGAAGGAUGAUCGAAGUCAAUCGAAAAAGAAGAAAAAGAAAAAGUUUCGGUAUGAAUCUCCAAUGGAGAGAAAGGCCGCAAGGAUAAAGGAAAGAAUGGGCAAUCGGAAACAGGCAAAAGCUAGACGAGAAACUUGA